AUGUUGAAAGAAGAGAGUAACGAGAGUGGUGGUACAUGGGCAAGAACAUGUGACACGUGUAGAUCAGCCGCAUGCACUGUCUACUGUGAAGCUGACUCUGCUUACUUGUGCACAACCUGCGAUGCUCGAAUUCACACAGCCAAUCGUGUUGCAUCCCGACAUGAACGUGUUCGUGUCUGCCAGUCAUGCGAGUCAGCACCAGCUGCGUUUUUAUGCAAAGCAGAUGCUGCUUCUCUUUGCAUAGCUUGUGAUGCAGAGAUUCAUUCCGCAAACCCAUUAGCUAGACGUCAUCAACGUGUUCCGAUUCUACCAAUAUCCUCAACCACGAGCGAGACUGAUGAUGAUGAUGAAGAGGUGGCUUCUUGGUUACUACUUAAUCCAGGGAAAAACAGUAAUCAUCAGAACAAUGGGUUCUUGUUUGGUGUUGAGUAUCUUGAUCUUGUUGAUUACAACUCAACCAUGGAAGAUCAGAGAGACUGUUGUGGCCUUGUACCAGAACAGAGGAGCUUCGAGGGAGAUGGAGUUGUGCCACUUCAAGCUGAACAACAAAGCCAACAUGAUUUUCAGUUAGGUAUCAACUAUGGCUACUCUUCAGGACCGCACUACAACAACUACAAUGGUUCUUUAAACCAUAGCGUAUCCGUUUCGUCAAUGGACAUCAGUGUUGUGCCAGAGUCAACAUCAACAGUCCAAGAUCCAAGAACCGCUAAAGAACUAUCUGGUCCUCAGCAGCUUAGUCCAAUGGACAGGGAAGCUAGGGUUCUGAGGUACAGAGAGAAGAAGAAGAUAAGGAGAUUUGAGAAGACGAUAAGGUAUGCUUCAAGAAAGGCAUAUGCAGAGAUAAGACCAAGGAUCAAGGGCAGAUUCGCAAAGAGGAUAGAAACUGAAGCUGAUGCAGAACAACUUUUUUCAACGGGAUAUGGAAUUGUUCCUUCCUUCUGA